AUGAGUACUGAGGAUUUUGAAAAUAAUAAGGAUUACAAUGUAGUAACAAGUAGUCUUGUGGAAUAUAAAAGCACAAAUAAUUUAGUAAAUAAGGAUGAACUGGAUGGUCCAUAUGUAUGUAAAAAUACGCUCCAGGAAGGAAAGCUUGAACAAAGGGAUUUCGAUUGGGUGCAGAGGUUGAGUAGUGGCAGUGGGUCUAAGGAAAGACAAAUAAGUAAUAAGGAAAAAGGAGAAGGUAAUGAAAAGAAUGGACCCCAAGAUGGGGAGCAGCAGGGGAAAGGGAGAGAAGAGGAAUCAAAAGAGGAAGCGAAGAAUGAAGAAGAAAGAGGAAAACACAAGAACUCGAUGUACUACGGAAAUGGCAUAUUAACACAUGAAAAGAAUAUUACAAGGGACGGGGUUAGUGCUAAGGGAGUAAGUUCAUCGCCUAGGGGGGAACUGAACUUGUGCAGUUCUGCAGUGGAGAUAGAAACAGAAAUAUGUUUAGGAAACGUUAACAAAGAAAAGGUAAUGAAAGAGAUAAGUAAGACGAAGAUACAUUCGAAUAGUAGGGAUGGUAGGAGGACUCUAGAACAGAAAGAGAAGAGCGAUGUAAGGGAAUUAAAAAAGGGAAAGGUUCAUUUGAAGGGGAAAGAAGUGAAAAAAAAUAAUAAAAAUAAUAAUAAUAGUAUUAGUAAUAGUAAAAGUAAUAGCAAAAGUAAUAGCAAAAGUAAUAGCAAAAGUAAUAGCAAAAGUAAUAGCAAAAGUAAUAGCAAAAGUAAUAGCAAAAGUAAUAGUAAUAAUAAUAAUAAUGGUAGCGUUAGUAGAAGUGGAAAUUCCCAUGGAAGUAAUAAAUGCAUGGUAAAAAUCCUUGAAGACGCAAAAUGCAUCUUGAAAAAUGGCAACAGGUAUGAGAACACCAAUAGCAUGAAUUAUGAACAGGAUAAAAUAAAUAAUAUGAUAGAAAAUUUAAGUAAAAAGAAUAACGACUUAAAUGUAAAUAAUAAAAUGAAUGUUAUAAAUAUAGAAAAAAAAAUCAAGGAGAAAGAACAACAUAUCCCUAUUGUGAAUAAUUGUGAGCAAGGUAUGAUAAACAAAAUGAAGAAUUGUAAUCUUUUUGACAUCAGUUGUUCAUCCCUUCCAUUAAUUAUUAACGGUAUUUCAGAGACGAUUGAACAAAUAAUGAUUAUAGAUAGGAGUAAGAAUAAAAAUAAAAAAAAGUUAAUAGACAUUGCUCAAAAUAUGAAUAUGCUAAUGAAAUCAUACUAUAAUUUAAUACUCAAGUGCGAUUCUAAUUUGGCUCGUUUUAUUAAAAAAAUACGAAAGCUGUACAAGUCAUAUAAAGUUAUACAUAAAUCCUCCAAAGGAUUGAAGAGAAACAAAAAUGAAGAGAACAAAACAGGGGUCAAUGAAUGCUCCAUUGUAGAUAGUAACUCGAAGGAGGGAAACAUCUUCACCGUGGGUACAAAGGAGGAGGGUGAAAUGCAUAUGCUGAGGGGUGUUAGCGGUGCUGCGCAGUUAGGCAGCGAUGGAGUGAUAGAUAGCAGAGGCGUUAUAGGAAGCAACAUAGGAAUUAACAUAGGAAGCAACAUAGGAAUUAACAUUGGCAGUAACGUAGGAAGCAACAUUAGUGUAGCUAACAAUACGAGUAUAAUUAGUCGAGUUGACUCCACAACAGACGCGCUUAACUGUAGGAACAUGGAGGAGGAUGUUUCUACGGGAGAAAGGGGAAUAGUAGACAAGUUUGGAGUUCCUUCUGAUAAUAGGAAAGAUAACUGCCACAUGAGCAAAGAGGGAAUAUCAGCAGUUACUUCUAAUAUGAUUGUUAACAAUAUUAUCGAUGAUAACAGUGGUAACAGUAAUAACAAUGACAACCAUGGUAAGUAUAAUAAAAAUGGAAUUUUGGGAGAUUUGAGAGAUGCUCUAAAAAAUCGUGAUAACAACAACUGCAUUGUGCAGGUAGAAGCGCUAGGGAAUAUUCUUAAGGACAGUUUUAUAAAUAAGAAUAAUGAAAAUAGUUUUAAAAAUAGUUUUAAAAAUCUGGGAAGCAUCGAUUCGAAGUCAACAGCCCUUUCUAAUCACAAGGAGGAAGAAGACUUCACUACGUCGGAGAAGAAAUUAUGUUCAGAAGGAAAAAAAAAAAAAAAAAAAGGGAAAAAAAAAAAAGAAAUGAGGGGGAAGAAAUAA